AUGAAUUCGGACGGUAUUUGUUACAAAGAACAAUUAACAUUCCUCAAGUACAUCAACGCAAAUUAUUUGUUUUAUUCGAUAACGAUCCUAGCGUUUGCCAGUGUGUUUUUUCUUACAUGGAUUUUAAGCAAAUAUACGUUUUUUGAAAAGCAAAAAAUCCCUAGAGGAAAACUACCAAAGUUUCCUUACGGUAAUUUCCGGGACGUCAUCAAACAGGAAACUUCCUUGCACGUGUUUAUAUGGAAGAACUUUUUGAGGUUUAAGAAACGAGGGUGUAAAUUUGGCGGAUUGUUUCUGUUUAUGAGACCCGUAGUCAUUUUAGUUGAAGAUGAUUUGAGAAUUAAAGAACAACCUGAAAAAUCUCUGAUAGAUUUAAACAAGAAGGUGUUAAAUAAUUUUGUAAAUAAUUUUGCUUGUACGAUAAAAGCACCUUUACAAGACAAAUUAGAAAAAAAUCAAGAUGCCUUAUUUGUGCUUAAGGAGUUUUUAUUGGAAUCUACUUGUUUACUUUUUGGGUUUCAACCUAACAAAAUUGUUGAAGACAUUAACAAGCUGUUAAAAGACAAAUAUAAGUCCACAUUUAAAUAUUAUUUAUAUUUAACAGUGUUUAAAAAUAUUGAUAAUGAAGUUUAUAAUCAAAAAGUUUUAUUGGAUAUAAUCAAUCAAAGAAAGAAAAACGAUCUGAGAGAGCACGAUUUAAUCGAUUUAUUCAUUAAAUCGUAUAACGAAUCAAAAUUGGAAGAUAUAACAAGGGAAAUAUUCAAUUUAUUUGCCAAUAUUUUAUCAUAUUCGUCUUCGACAUUGUUGUUUUGUUUAUACGAAUUGGCUAACAAUGAAGAAAUUCGAGGAGAAGUUAUUGGAGAAAUAAGAAGAUUCACUAAAAAGAACACAACGAUUACAAGUGAAAAUUUGGACGAGUUAAAUUAUUUAGAGGCAGUUGUAAAAGAAACCCUAAGGAAAUAUCCUCCAGUGGCUACAGAAAUCUCAAAUAGGAAUUUACAAAACCAAAAUUUCUUGACUUUCAAGUCAAUUCUAGCUUUGCACAGAAAUUCGCAAAAUUACAUAAAACCUGAAGCUUUUGAUCCAGAUAGGUUUGCUUCAGAACAACUUUUCAAACCAGGAAUUUUUCUACCAUUUGGAUCAAGUACUGAAAAUGCUCAUUUAUAUAUGGAACUAGUUAGUCUACAAGUUAUCUUAGUAAUGACAAGCAUAUUUUCGACUUUGGACGUAAAAAUGAAAGAAGGAGUUACUGACAAUUUCAAAUUUAAUACGAAAUUGUUGUAUCUAAGCCCUUGCGAGGAUCUUAAUUUGGUAUUCAGGAAAAUUAGUUGA